UUGGUGAGUGUGUCAUGGAACACUGACAUUGUGCUGGAUUAUAAUAGGGGCUGUCAGUGAAGAAAUCCACAGCACUUUACAACUGCCUGCACAUCUAUAUAUAUCUAUCUAUCACCUAUCUACCUCCCUACCCACUCAGCCUGGACCUCAGACAGACCCUAUAGGCUUUCCACAUCCCAUUUAUGUAAGGAGUACUGUCUGGACGACAUGGCAGAGAAGAAGUCUCAAACAGUUGUUCAGAUGGUGGAACCCACUGUAAAUGGGUGGAAUGUAAAUGAUUCCACAAAAGUAUCUGGUCCUACUUUGUCUUUCCACAACAUCCGCUACAGAGUGAAAAUAAAGACUGGUUUUCUUUGCUGCCGAAAUGUUGUGGAUCGUGAAAUCCUGAUGAAUGUCAAUGGUUUGAUGAGACCCGGUCUGAAUGCCAUUUUGGGACCUACAGGCUGCGGAAAGUCAUCGCUUCUGGAUAUUCUUGCUGCUAGGAAAGAUCCUCAUGGUCUAUCUGGCGAGGUGCUAGUAGAUGGGAAGCCCCAGCCACCCAACUUUAAAUGUACUUCUGGUUAUGUCGUACAAGAUGAUGUUGUGAUGGGAACUUUGACCGUAAGAGAGAAUCUCCAAUUCUCUGCAGCCUUGCGGCUACCAAAUACAGUGAGGCAGAAGGAGAAAGAUGAGAGGAUAGAUGUGGUUAUCAAGGAGCUAGGAUUGACCAAGGUGGCAGAUUCCAAGGUUGGCACUCCACUCAUCCGUGGAGUCUCGGGAGGAGAGAGAAAGAGGACCAACAUUGGAAUGGAGCUCAUCAUAAACCCUAAUGUGUUGUUCUUAGAUGAACCUACUACUGGCUUGGAUGCCAGCACUGCCAAUGCUGUUCUACUGCUGCUGAAAAGAAUGUCUAGGCAAGGGAAGACCAUCAUCUUCUCUAUACAUCAACCUCGUUACUCCAUCUUCAGAUUGUUUGAUAGUUUGACUCUCCUGGCUGGAGGAAAAAUGUUAUACCACGGACCGGCCCAGUAUGCUCUAGAUUACUUUACAGAACAGGGUUAUGAAUGUGAGGCUCAUAACAAUCCUGCUGACUAUUUUCUGGACAUUAUCAAUGGGGAUUCCACAGCAGUGGCAGCGAUGAACAAACUGGAAGAUGUGCCAAUAGAUGAAAACGAGGUGCACGAUGGAGGUGUUCAGUCUGUAGUGGACAGGUUGGCCGAUGAAUUCUGCAAAACUCAAUACUACCAUGAAACCAUAGCUGAACUAGAGAAGCUGUCUCAGGGAGAACGAGUGAAGACCAAUUUCUUUUCGAGACAAAUCACGUACAACACUUCGUUCUUUCACCAGCUCAAGUGGGUGUCGAGGAGGUCUUUCAAAAAUCUGUUAGGCAACCCACAAGCAUCCAUUGCCCAGCUAUUGAUCGCCCUGGUACUAUCGCUGAUUGUUGGAGCCAUUUUCUUUGGUGUGACAGAAGAUUCCAGUGGGAUUCAGAACAGAGUGGGGUCUUUGUUUUUUAUAACCACCAACCAGUGUUUCAGCAGUGUGUCCGCGAUCGAGCUCUUCAUUGUGGAGAAAAAGAUAUUCAUACAUGAAUACAUCAGCGGAUAUUACAGAUUAUCCUCCUACUAUUUCUCCAAAUUGAUGGCAGAUUUCAUCCCUAUGAGGACACUGCCCAGCAUCAUAUUUACCUGCAUUAUAUAUUUUAUGAUCGGAUUUAAACCUACUGCAGGAGCCUUCUUCACCAUGAUGUUUACUCUCAUGAUGAUAUCCUAUACGGCCACCUCCAUGGGGAUGGCUAUAGCUGCUGGUCAGGAUGUUGUCACUGUCGCAAACCUUUCUAUGACUAUUUGCUUCGUAUUUAUGAUUAUAUUCUCUGGAUUGCUGGUAAACUUGACAUCCGUCAUGGGUUGGCUUUCCUGGCUCAAAUACUUCAGCAUACCUCGAUAUGGCCUGACAGCUCUUCAGGUGAAUGAAUUUACUGGCAUUAACUUUUGUAAAGGAAACGUCAAUGCUUCUAUACCAAGCGGUAACUGCACUGUGUCCAGCCCUUUCACCACAUGCACUGGAGAAGAGUAUUUAGACAGCCAAGGAAUAGACUACAGCACCUGGGGCUUGUGGCAGAACCAUUUGGCUUUGGCUUGCAUGCUUGUAAUAUUUCUUACAAUUGCAUACCUGAAACUGUAUUUUAUGAAGAAACUCACCUAAAGAAUGCAUCGUACAAAACACUGAAACUGUGAAUCAAACUGUGCACGUCUCAAGGUUGUGUAUAUGUAAAUAUGUUUUGUAUAGGCAGAAUCAAUAACAUGUGACCUGAUCUACUGUUUUAAGCACAGCUAAGGUCAAAGCAGCCAUUUCCCAAAUAACACUGUUCUCCGACAUUUAGGCUGAAUUACUUGUUUCAAUUUGUUUUAAACGGGCACUCCAUGAGUCCUUGGUCUUUAAUGCAUUAAAAAGUACAGUAUACCUAUAAAAAGAAAUGGCAAGGGAUACCCACCUUUUUUAGAAGUUCCUUCAUUUUCUUGUUUUGCCAUUUUCCAGUAACCAUUUCAGGCAGUGCUGGCCAUCCUGUUGUUCAUGGUUGAAACACUUAGAACACCCCAUGAAUCCCUGCCCACAGUGGUUUCUGGCAAAUGCGGUCUGUUACCACCUGUCUGUUUCAUUCUUGAAAAGAAACAACUGAAACCACUGUGCAAGAGAGUAUAGACUGCGGUGGAAGAGAACCGGAGAACGCCUCCUUUCUAUUGUGCUUGUAGUGUCCCGUUUAGUGUUUUACAUUGUUGCAUUUUUUUUUAUUUUAAUAAUUCCCUUACUUAGGGAUUUAAAAUGCCAUUUAUGCCUUUUUAAAAAGGAACACACCAUAAAAACAUCGCACAGAUGUUGUUAUGGUGCCUGGAGUGUCCUGGCGCCAUCUCACAGUAAGCAUUUAAUCUAUUUUUAUUUUUUAUUUUUUUUAGUACAGUUUGACAACUUUCCUGGGUCCCACUUGACCCUCUCCGCCAAUGACCAUGGCCCUGCUUAGCUCUGUAGAGGUAACUGGAUUCCUGUAAAAGAAGACUUAUAACUGGGAUAGGUGCUUGGUAGGACCAUGGUAAGUUGUCAAACCAUUUAAAACUGUUUGACUACUUAUCGUGGGAUGACACCAGUUCACUCCUGGCACCAUAACCACUCCAGCAGGCUGUAGUUAUUAUGGUACUCUGAGUGUUUCUAAAUCUGCAGUCUUACAAGCACUUCAUUGUAAGCAAUUUCUGUUUGCAAACAGAGCUAAAAAGCUCUGUGUUCUGUAUUUGUUAUUACAGAUACUAGUCUGUUAGGUGCAAUAGUGUCUAUCCAUAUUUGUUAUACUUUAAUCUUGGCUGUCUUUUUCCUGUUAUGAGUAUUGUUGUACCCUAAUGUAAAUUAUGCCUAGCUAACAUUAUUUAUAUCAUUUUAAUUUUAUAAUUCUAGGAAAUAUAUUCUGUUUUCUAUUGUAAUAUUUGUGCCAAUUUUUGUUCUAGUACUGUUAAAGAACAAUUAACUAAUGAAGUUUUUUUUGGUUUUUUUU